CCGAACCCUCUCUCCCUCGCUCCCGUGGCGGCGCCCUCUUCCUCCUCUCUCGUCUAGGGUUUCUCCUCCCCACAUCCGCCCUCUCCGGGGUUUGGGCCGUCGGAUCGUUUCUGGAAUCGCCCGCUACUCCAGCUACUCCACCACCUUCAGAUCCGACCAUGGCGACCGUGGCCACCGCUCCUUCUGCUGACCAGGCUACAGAUCUGAUACAGAAGCUGUCGUUGGAUACUGCUAACAAGAGUAAUGAUUCCUCAGAGGUCAAAAAGAAGCCUUCUGGAGUUCAGUAUGGUUCAGCAAAUGGUGGGGAAGCACCAAUUGCGCCGAUCCCAACAUAUGAACGAUCUCUGACGCCUCUUCUUCAGGAGCAUAUGGAUGCGGGCAUGUGUUACGUACCCAACGGAUACACUCCAUCUUUCUACUAUGGAGGUUAUGAUGGAUCAAUGGCGGAGUGGGAGGAUUACCCUAGAUAUGUUAACUCUGAUGGAGUGGAGGUGCCUCCACCUGGAGUUUAUGGGGACAUGUAUCAUCAUGGAUAUGGUUAUGCGCCAUAUGGUCCAUAUCCUUCUCCUGGUUCCCCAGUUCCGACAUUAGGGCACAAUGGUCAGUUAUAUGGACACCAACAUUACCAGUUUCCAGCUACAUAUUACCAGCCACCCACAGCCACCAGCGCACCAGACACUACAAGCCAAACCCCUAGUUCUAAAAGGGAGGUUUCUACAUCUACUGCUGCCAGCCUCCCAUCUAUUCCAGUGGAUACAACCAAAUCUGAUUCAAAUGAAACAGUGAAGGCAAGCACAAAUGGCAACAAUGGAUCAGCAAAACUAAAACCAAGCCAACAGAACUCAUCGUUGAAUUCAAAUGGUUCACUUGGUAAAGGUGCGUUUCCUGGUGGGCAUCCUUCUUCCGGCUAUCAGGAUCCAAGAUUUGGUUUUGAUGGUAUGUGGUCGCCUGUUCCGUGGUAUGAUAGCCUGAUGUUUCCUGAUGGACAACAGAGACCAACAACAGCUAACACUGUCUCUUCUACACGAAAUCAGAACCUUCGCCCCCUUCCUCAGCUCAUGGGAAUGCAUGCCCCAAGACCAGCAGGUGCUGGAAUGGUGAACAAGAUGUAUCCUAACCAUCGAAUGUAUGGUCAACAUGCAAAUGGUUUCAGAAGUGGUCAGAGUUUUUACUCAAGCAUGUAUGACUCCAGAAUGAAUGGAAGAUGGGGGAUGUCUGUGGAUAGCAAGUAUAAGCCGAGGGGCCGGAGCAAUGGAUUCUAUGGUUAUGGUAACGAGAACUUGGAUGGGCUGAGUGAGCUCAAUAAAGGACCAAGGUCUGGUCGAUUCAGAAACCAGAAGGGGUUUGGACCUACUAUUACUCUUGCAGUGAGGGGACAGAGCCUUCCUGCAAAUGUAAAUAUUCAGGAUUCUGCUGUGAUUCCUGAAAGAGAUCAAUACAAUAAGUCAGACUUCCCUGAAACGUACUCGGAGGCUAAGUUUUUCAUCAUUAAAUCAUACAGUGAGGAUGAUAUUCACAAGAGUAUCAAAUAUAAUGUCUGGGCUAGCACUCCUCAUGGGAACAAGAAGCUUGAUGCUGCUUAUCAGGAAUCCAAGGAGAAGACAAGUGGAUGCCCAGUCUUCCUGUUUUUCUCUGUCAACACAAGUGGACAGUUUGUUGGUGUUGCCGAAAUGGUAGGUCCAGUUGAUUUUAACAAAACGUUGGAUUACUGGCAGCAGGAUAAGUGGGUUGGUUAUUUUCCUGUCAAGUGGCAUAUUGUAAAGGAUGUACCCAAUAACAUUCUAAAGCAUAUAACGUUGGAGAAUAAUGACAACAAACCGGUGACAAACAGUAGAGACACUCAGGAGGUGAAGCUUGACCAAGGUCUUCAACUGCUUAAGCUGUUCAAGGAGCAUGCGAGCAAGACAUGCAUUUUGGAUGAUUUUGAUUUCUAUGAAACCCGUCAGAAGGUGAUGCAAGAAAAGAGAACCAAGCAACAGCAGCUUCAGAAAAAGUUCAUGGAUGGAAAAAUGGUGGAAUUUGGCGAGAAAGACAAGGAUGCUUCGAAUGGGAAGCCUGGGUUGCAAAAGCCACUGGAAGUGGUUACAGUUUUGAAGAAAGAAUCUGCCCAGGUUGGGCUUGCACUUGGUGAACAUGUGCUAUCAGAAAAGAAUGGCUUAGCUGCAGUAGCUGGUGUUGCUCCAAAGGAUGCUAAACCAGUGACUGAGAAGUGGGUUGUGGCUAAUGGUGUUGCCAACUGCUGCUAGGUUAAUGGACCCAUCUUUGAACAGCUGCAGUUAUUGGCUGGCUGAUUAUGAACUGCUUAGGAAGGCUAAGAAAGAACAUAAUGGAAAUGGUCUGCGAGGCAUCGGGCUGACAUGUAUGCUUAAGGUUUGUAGCAAAGCAGUAGUUUCCCUGUCGCAGUUUAAUAUCGAUUUGAGUUUGUUUUUCCUUUUUUCUAGCUGUCCCUUAAGGUAGGAGAUUGGUGAUUGGGGUUCAUAGGUGUUAUGAGGCAAUCAACCUGUUAUUUGUGUUCUCAAUGGUGUAUUUCUGCUUUUCUUUGCUUUUGCAAGAAUCUCUUUACUUAGUCGUGGCUUGGAAUAUCAUGGUGGCAGACUUUUCUGGUG